UUUGUUAUGAUAGUAAUACAUUUUCAAUCUAUGCGCUGAGUUAAUCAUUAAGUGUGUAGUAUUGUGCCAAGAAAGUACCUAGCAAGGAUGGCUACACCACCAGUACAGUCUGAACCAGAGCGCUUUGGCACAAUAAUGGAUCCUGUUCAUGGAUCCAUACAACUUGAUAAAUAUUUGUUUAAGAUUAUUGAUAGACCAGAGUUCCAAAGACUGAGGAAGAUCAAACAAUUUGGUGGAGUAUAUUAUGUGUAUCCUGGUGGUGUUCACACAAGAUUUGAGCAUUCUAUUGGUGUUUGCUAUAUUGCUGGUCAACUGGUUGAUGCACUGAACAAGCACAACCCUCCAGGGGAAGAAAACCUAUCUAAAUGGUUCACACCACAAGAGAAGAUGUGUGUACAGAUUGCUGCAUUGUGUCAUGACAUUGGGCAUGGACCUUUCUCACAUGUUUAUGAUUUUGCUGUCAAAGAAUAUGUGUAUAAAAAAUUAAAAUCUGAACAGAAAAGGAAAGAUUUCAUAAGAUCAAAAAAAGAUGAAUAUGGUGACAAUGAGAAAUUGGAGUCAUAUUUAGAGAAAAAUGAAGUACCAAAAAAAGCAAAGCAUGAAUAUAGGUCAGCUUUAAUUGUCAAACGUUUGAUGGAGGAGCUCAACUUUGAUGAAUUUAAAGAACACUCCUACAUGUAUAUCCAACUUAUUCAAGAUAUGAUUACAUUUUCUGAGAGGGAUCUGAAAAAUGAAGAGACCAAGGAAGAAUUUUGGCCAACUAAACUACCUAGUGACAAAACAUACAAAGAAAAGACCUUCCUUUUUGAGAUUGUUGCUAAUGGAUUUACUGGUAUUGAUGUUGAUAAAAUGGACUACUUUGCCCGUGAUGCUCAUAGUGUGGGACUGCCUAACAAUUUUGAUUGGAGACGCUUCACUCAAACGGCAAAAAUUAUUAAGUGUGAGGAUGACUUUCACCAUAUAUGCUCAAGGGAUAAAGAUGCCUUAUCACUCUAUGAAUUGUUUCACACAAGGAAUGUUCUUUAUCGCUCUGUGUAUAAGCACAAGACUGUAGUUAUUGUGGAACAUUUAAUGAAGAAAGCUUUAAAGAAAACCACCCCACAAACCAUAAUUCAAGUUAAAGCAGAAGAUGAAAAUGAAUCAUAUUCACUUUUAAAGUGUUGGCAUGAUAUUGAUGCAUUUCUUGUGAUUGAUGAUUCAAUUGAAGAUUUUAUAAUGAAUGGUCAAACAGAUGAACAUCAACAAGUUCAAAAACUGUUUAUAAAGAAAGCUCAAGACACUGAUAAAAGUCUAGAAAAAUAUUUUAGUAGGAUAAAAGAAAGAAAAUUACCAAAAUUUUUGGGGCGCACAGCAAAGGGCAGUGAAAUUUCAAAAAGAAACAUUGCUAUAUGUGCUUCUGCAAAAAAAUCAGAAAUUGAAACAAUUGAAAAAAGACUUAAACCACUACCUGUGAAGUUUAGCUAUGGAAAGGGAAGUGAAGACCCUAUUCAAUCACAUUACUUCUAUGGCAAGUUUUAUCCUCAAAAUCCUUUUCAUAUUCAGAAAGAGGAGGUAUCCAAAAUUCUUCCAUCUGAUUUUAAAGAAGAGGAAGUGUUUUGGUAUUAUGAUAUGAAAGAUGAUAAUGAUGAUGAAACUGAAGCAGUUGCAAGAUCUUUGUGGGAGUGUUUAAACAUGCAUAAACUUCCAACUGAAUUUAAAAGUGCUCUGGAAGGAAGCUGUGCCAGAAAAAGGAAAUUACAUGAAGUACAUAAAGAGUAUACAGAAGAUGAAGAAUUCAAAGAUUUUCAAAAAAUCAUUAAAAGAUAUAAGCCCAAAGGAACCCAAUGAGAAUUUGAAAGGUUGCAAGUUUUGCUAAUUUAUAUUUUAAAUUUACAUUGUAGUAAUAAGGAAGUAGUA